AUGCAAUUCCAUCAGCGGGCCGACCUCAGCGGCGCGUCCGAGGCCGUGAGCUUGAGCGCGACGCGGCAGCGUGUGAGCGCAGUGCCGGUCGAGCUCACGCUCCCAAACCAACAAGUUCUACUGGGCUUCCCGAACCGACCACCUCCGCUCGACGCUGCCGACGAUGGGGCCUUCAACAAGGCGGUGUUUAUGACCAACGCUAUGCGCAAGCAUCCCGAUGUGCGCGAAAACCAGAUCCUCUUUGGCAUCUUUGCAGUCGUCAACGUUCUCUUUACGAGCGCGUUCUUCCUACCAGCAGACGCCUACGGUCACGCAUGGUACGACGUUGGCCCGUUGCCGCCGCAGGUCCCGACUACGUGGCCCGGUCGUCUCGCUGUGCUUGCAUCGACAGGCGUCUCGCUCGUCUGCGGCGCCUAUGGCGUUUACAAAAAGCGCCGAUCCAUCCUUCUGCUCUUCCUCCUCUACACUGCCGCACAGGAUGCGCUGCUCUUGAUGUACCCGCCCGUGUUUCUCUUGGUCCUUCGCAUUCCCGUCGAUGUCGUCUUGUGCGGCCUCGCGUACAGCAUGCAUGCAGCACUGUCGGCGCGGUGGUUUGUGACGAGCAAUAAAAAGUAG